UGGAUCAUUAAAAGCGCGAUGCAUGCACGCAUCACUCUUUUUCUGUUUUUUUUUUUUAAUACCGUGCGACCUCGGUGCUCGAUAAAUAUCGCGUCUGUAACGUCAAGAAGCGGUAAUCGCGAACAUGCUCUCCCGCGGAGUCGAUCGUGCGAUGAUCCGACUAAUUUUCGUGCUAGCAUGCACACUCGUGGGGCCGGCGUUUCCCUACGUGGUGCCAGAUCCGACUUUUGAAGUGUUGAAGCCGCAAGGUCUUCGAGUCUCUGUACCCGAUGCACCGGGUUUAAGAGUAUUUGGAUUUCACGCCAACAUCAACAAAGCAAUUCGAACUAACGAAAACGGCCAGAUCGCCGGUGAUGUCUAUUUAGCAACAGACGGUCGCUGGACCUUUGAGGAUUUGGACGUGACUAUAAAAAAUGGAGAUGUACUUCGAUACUGGAUUUAUGUGCAAGCGGACGGGGCUAAUCACAGGAAGAACGACCAGAGAUGGACAUAUUCUCCGACGGAAAAUCAAGCGGUUGACAGUCAAGAAACUACAGAGAGUUCUUCACAUUAUGAAAUUCCGGCUGAGGGCCGAUUAUUGCUCAAAGACGAUUUCGAUUCUUUUAACGAGUCAUUGUGGAAACGCGAGAUAAAGAUGCCAUUAGAUCCGGACUACGAAUUCUGCGUAUAUCACAAUCAGAAUCAUGAGAAACUUGUGCAAGUACAUGACGGUAAAUUAUUCAUCAGGCCAAUUAUACUGGAAGAUUAUUACGGCGAGAACGCGACCGCGUACGGAAGAUUGCAACUUAAUGGUUUAUCCAUUUGCAGAUGCACAAGCACGAUUGACUUUGAAUGUACACGGCAGGCGUUAGCCUACAGCAUUCUGCCACCCGUUAUAUCCGCGCGUCUCACCACGAAGGAACGUUUCGUUCUGCGAUACGGGAAGGUCGAAAUGCGCGCGAAGUUUCCCCAGGGCGAUUGGAUAUACCCCGAGAUGUGGCUUGAGCCACGAUACUCUACCUACGGCGCGAACUACGCUAGCGGCCGCGUUCUUCUGGGAUUGGCGCGCGGCAAUGAGAAUCUGGUGAAUGCCACGGACGUUUCAAAGAUCUAUGACACUAGAAGAUUGGAUUUUGGCGUGAGAGUAGGCGCGAGCCCUAAUACGGUCCGGGAAAUACUCGUCACGAAAGUAAACGAAUUUGGGCAACGGUGGGCGCAGGAUUUCCACGUGUACACGACGAUCUGGACCAGCAAUGGUUUCACGUUUUUGAUCGACGGCGAAGAACUGGGCCGAAUAAGUCCUGAUGACGAGGGAUGGCUAAGUGGUCCUCACGCAGACAGAAAAGCCGCCCCGUUCGACCAAGAGUUCUUUAUCACUCUCGGUAUCGGCGUGGGUGGAAUACGUGUAUUUCCGGAUGGCACGCUCAGUUCCGGAAUACGAAAACCAUGGAGAAACGUGGACGCUAAGGCAAUGCUGAAUUUCUGGAACUCUCGGAACCAUUGGCUGCCAAGCUGGAGAAGAGACGAUAGCAAUAAGACUGCUUUUGUAAUAGACUACGUCAAAGUGUGGGCUCUUUGAAUCAACGCUAACACGCGUGCAUAAUUCAUUUUCUUCAAUUCAUAUCCAACAUUUUCUUUUUUUUUUUUAAUCAUUUGUAUUGUUGGAGUGACAGAUCGAAUCUCUUUAGCAUGACAAUUACGUCGUGCGCAUAGGCACUUAAUUGCCCAUGUGAACAUGAAGAAGUGAGUCGUCAGCAAAAAUUGGCAAAUCGAUUUACUUCUGAUUCAAUAAUGGCAGAAGAUUACAGCGUUGCCCGCGAUGUUAUUGCACUUGGAAUCUCCACUCGGGCAGAUGCAUAAAGUCCUUUUUACCUGCGUAACGCAAUUAGAGUCCUGUAAUUGGACCGCUUCUGUUUCUAUAAAAGGGUGAACGAUGCUCCCGCGAAAUCGGAAAGAAAUUCAGGGUCGUCCGGAGCUGGUUUUACCUUUAAUGACGCCGCCAUUAGCUGCUCGGACGAUCACCCUCUGAUAAUACUCCUGCCGAUCAUUACAUGAACAUAAAAAUGUCUUAAACCAGCGCGAAGUUUGCCAAGGGCACACAUUUUCCACAUAGGAAAGGCUACAGGGACAGACGGUACCAUCGAUCGUAUUCGCUCUAUGCGUCACUACGCUCUACCUCCGCGCUUUUGCUUUUUCCUAAUGUAACAGCUACUUCUCGAUCUUAACAUUUUCUGUAUGGUAACCGAAUAGAAAUACAAGAUUGUAUAAUAAAACA